AUCGCUUUCCAUUGUAUGCGGACGACAGUCAAUUGCGUCAACAAUUUCAAAUGUCGUUGAAAACGCUGUCAACCGCCAAAACCGCGAUAGUCCACAGUUUUUCGUAGAUUUCUCACCGUUUAAUCCCUACCUGUUUGGACGAUCUACCGGUUUAUGGGUCCACGGAAAAUAAAUCUCCUCUCGAAGAAUUAGCAGAAAUAUUUCUCGAACGUAAAUACGCGUCCAGGUAUUAAUAAUAACUAUUCGAAAGAUAGAAAGGUGCUACAUUUUCAGAAGUAACACUACAGAAAAAUGAAGUUGUCUAAACUACGCUCAGGCAGAGCUAAGCACAACGUAAGUCCUUCAAAAUCACCGUCUACUCCACCUGCAAGCAGUGUCACACCACAGAGAAAGAAGAUCUUGAGGAGUUCUUCAAAAUCUACAGAAAUUCCAAGACCAUUGAGAGCUUCAAAGAAACUAACUAAGGAGCUAAAUUCUUCGAUAGAAUCACAAGAGAAACUAAUUAUUAAGGAUAAUAAGAGUGAACAGUUGAAAUCCAGUAUAUCUGACAACGAUGCGAAUGAAACGUAUGAUCUAUCAAAUUCGUUUUCGUCUGGUGGAAAGGAAAAACCUAAAAAACGCAAGUCAACACCAACUAAUAGAAAACGUAAGGUAAAGAGACUCUCACCAUCUAUGAAAACGUCUCCUAAAUCUCCUACGUUAAAAUCAAAAUUGAGAAGUUCUAAGUUACCAAUAUCAAAGACAUCCAUUGACGGUUGUCUUGUUAAUAACAAAAAGGUAUCUCCAAAAAAGAACAAAAGUCUAUCCCCACUCAAGAGACUAAGUAAUGUAGGUGAUAGAAACGUUGCAUCUACAAGUAAACGACAUAAUCUAAGUACAAAGGCGAGUCCCAAAAAGCAUGAAUUAAAAGAACCCGUAGUACGACUUAAAAGGCUUUCCAAAAUUGUUAUGGCCGAGUGCUCAUCUCUUCCAUCUCCCAAAGUAAAAAUAUUCAUAAACGACGAACUUUUGACUGAUCAUAACGUAAACGUUACACAAGACAUAUUUGAUUCUAUACAUUCGCCGAAGCUAUCCAAUCGUAAAAGAUCGGCUCUUGUAGCCUCCACUCCAAAAACUCAGCAAGUACUCGAUGCCACAUUGACGGUAGAGAGCGAGCAAGAAGCAAAGAAUGACACUUACGAACUCCUUGAGCCCAAAACACCGAGAUUACGAAAGGCAAUGAACGAAAAGGAAGACGUCAAAAAUCAAAUUUUACAGUGUGAUAUCAAAGGCAAGACUGCUAGACAAAGCAUGGUAAAGAAGAAAGGCAAUGUACAGUUUACAAGUCCUUUAUUACAAUAUAAAAGUCGUAAUCGAUCGGUACAAAAUAAACGAAAUGAUAGUCUGAAGAUUUCGCCGAAGAACUCGAGAAUAAAUAUUUCAAAAUCAGUAACAGCUAUUUCCCGUUCAAACAAUUCUAUGCACGGCAAAAUCUCUGUUGCUAAUAAUUCGCUUGUUUCUUCACGACUUCGCAAAUCGAGUUCUUUUCCUAAUGCUACAGCGUCGUCGCCAUUCCCGUCUAUUAAAACACCAGGAUCUCGUUCAAUUACAGAUCCAAAGAGUUCAGGAAAGAAAACAAUGCCAAAUUUUGCUGAGAUCCAUAAAAAGAUGUUUGCUAAAUCAGAAUCUAUUAUCGAUGCAAAGAAACGCGUGCAGGACAGACACACGGCAUUAACUCGUUUAGAGAAUGGAGAUGCGACAGGGAUAAAAACUGUCGCUAAUAAAUUGCCAAAAGUAAAUCAAUCGUCUAGCGGGACAAAAAAUGGCUUUACAAGAUUCGGAUUUAAAUUAAGAAAACCAGAAGCCACUGCCUGCAUUCUAAAAACUAAAACUCCAAAUCCGAGACGAAGUACAGAGCAGAACAGGGCGAUUUUGAAGGGCGUAAGGACUAAUCGGCGCUUUGAACUUCAAAUGAAGAUGAGAAACAAAUGCAAAGAGGUUUCCAAUAUGUGUUAAGAUUCAUUAUUCUUAAUAUGAGUCCUUUGAAUUAAUACCAUUGAACAUAUUUAUUUGUAAUCAUAAAAAGAGUCUCAUAGAGCUCAAUUCAUUGUUUCCUUUACAUGUGAUAAUAAAAAAAAAAAUUUGUUUACAAAUUUAUUGUAACAAUAAGCAUAAUUGAUUAAAAUUGCAUCUUUCGUAUUAAGUACAUGACUGAUAGAUUGCUAAAUUAUUUUCGAAAGACAAAAUACGAAAUCCUCAGCGAGGACGAUAAAGAUUCCCGGUUUACUCUGUCUAUCUUAGUAGGCAUACAAGUAUAACAAUAAAAAUUCUUAUCAAUAUUGUUUCGUGAAUUUCUCGAAGCGCCUCUCAAGCCAGUUUUCAAACAGCUAUCAAUAUAAUUCCACGAUGAAACAGGUUAAUAUAUCCGAGAACAGCUGUUCGAAUCCGCGGUUUCCGUGCUCGGUACAUUUUAUGCGAAGGUAUUUUUUUA